AUGUAUGGCAUGGUAGUGACAGUAUGGACAGGCUAUAUCAUGGUUUUGACUGCUUCAGGACUCUAUAUUAUGUUCGAUAUUGGCGAGACUGAACUUCCCAAGUCCUUUCAAACCUGUGAACAAUUCAUUAAUGGCAUUGACAAUUUGUUCACAUUUGCUGAGAAAUAUAAGUAUGAAGUACAAAGAUUUUGUGACGAUAUUAGAAAAAAGAAAGAAGAUAUACAUAGUUUUGCAGAAGUAACUAAUUGGUGUCGGACUACACUGGGAACACCACAGUUUAAGGAAUUAGUGAAAAAAUAA